AUGAAUGCAUGGGAAGCUGCCGCGGUGCUGUUUGUUUCAUGUAAAGAGGGGGUUUCCAAGGAAAGCCUGGCCAAUGCUAUCAGCGACGCGCGCAGCCCUCAGCCCGCACUGCGCUCCAGGACCCACGGAUCCAAGACCAUGAAGCGAAGCCACCACUACAGCUCCUCAGACAGCGACCUGGACGAUACUGUGGAGGUGGAAAAGGACAGCGGAGACGAGAUUAGUCACUUGGAUUCAAAUGGGUCUGCGUCACCACCCACCACCACCACACAAGUUCAGGCCAGAAAGCGACGCAGAGGGAUUAUUGAGAAAAGACGACGAGACCGGAUCAAUAACAGCCUUUCAGAAUUAAGACGAUUAGUACCAAGUGCCUUUGAGAAACAGGGGUCGGCUAAACUGGAAAAAGCAGAAAUUCUGCAGAUGACUGUGGACCACCUGAAGAUGCUUCACGCUUCUGGAGGCAAAGCAGGUUACUUUGAGGCCUACGCUCUGGCAAAGGACUACCGCAGUUUGGGAUUCAGGGAGUGUCUGGCAGAGACAGCUCGCUUCCUGAGCAUCAUGGAGGGCAGAGACAGUGCCGAUCCCCUGAGGCUACGACUGGUGUCCCACCUCAGUAACUACGCCUCUCAGAGAGAGGUGCACUCUGGACUGGAGCACUUGGCUUGGGGUCCUUACGGGUCUGCACAGACACAGCAGCUCCUGCUGCAGGGCAGGACUCUGGCCCCCAGGAGCAGCAGUGCACCUCUGUCCUCCUCGUCUUCACCUUCCUCCUCUGAGUCUCCAGUCUCCAGCCUGACGCUCAUGUCCCACACAGACUCUUUGAGAGUUCCUCCAAAUGGAGCUUUGCCGCUGGCUCUGACUGUCCCAGGAUCUAAGCUGUCUCCUCCGCUGCUGUCGUCCCUCUCCUCCCUCGCGUUCCCUCUGUCCAUCGGGGCGUUGCCUCUGGUGACUCCGGUGCUGAGCUCCGGCUCCACUCUGUCCAAACCGUACCGACCCUGGGGCACGGAGAUAGGGGCCUUCUGA